AUGUCAAGACAACAGGACCCCGAGGCGAUAUCCAACUUCCUCGCCGAGCAGCGGGAUGAAGCACCCGCCGAAUUGCAACACGUCUUUCUCACGUUCGAAGAUCUAUGGGAGCGGAAACUAUGGCAUCAGUUGACGGAUACACUGUUGGAUUACUUCUCGAAACCCGAGAGCACCUCCCAGAGAUUACCCAUUUACAACACCUUCAUUAUCAGUUUCGCCGACAAGAUCAACCAGCUCAAACUAGUCAAGCUGGGCUUGAGUGCUUCAGAGCAGAUCAAAGACGACAGGGAACGGAGUCAAUUUCUCCAGACCCUUGCGGAAAGAGUAGACAAACCGGACUCGGAAGAAGCAUAUGUCUACACCAUCACCGAACUCGCCAGUGUCUAUUUGAGACUGGGCGAGACGUCAAAAGCGCGAGAACAGUUGGACAAAGCCCAAAAGACACUAGACCAAUUCGACUUCGUGGAGAAUGUCGUCCACGCAGCCUUCUAUCGCGUCAAUGCCGACUAUUUCCAAGCCCAAGGCGAUUACACCUCCUACUACCGAAACUCACUGUUGUAUCUGGCCUGCAUAGAAGAGUCGGAAUUGACACCGGAGCAACAACAGAAAAGAGCGUACGACCUGGCGAUCGCCGCGCUUGUGUCAGACACCAUCUACAAUUUCGGGGAGCUCCUACUGCACCCCAUUCUCGAUGUUCUGAAACCUCCACAUCCGAACUCGUGGCUACGGGAAUUGCUCUUUGCGUUUAACCGAGGCGAUCUGAGUGCCUUUGACCGCAUGUCCGACAGCCUCGCCAAGGACCAUAACCUGGAUUCACAUCGACUUUUCUUGUGGCAAAAGAUCAACCUUGCCGCAUUGACCGAACUGGUGUUUAAGCGACCUCCCCACGACCGUGCUAUGACCUUCAAAACAAUCAGUCAGGAGACCAAUGUGAAACCCGAUGAGAUUGAACACUUGAUCAUGAAAGCGUUGAGUCUGGGUUUACUCAGGGGAAAGAUUGACCAGGUCGCCGGCGUGGCCAAAAUCAACUGGGUCCAGCCCAAGGUUCUGGAGCGCAGUCAGAUUGAAGGCAUGAGGACCCGACUUAAGGAGUGGGACCACAAUGUCAACGAGCUCGGUCACUGGAUAGAGGGGGUUGGAAAGGAUGUCUGGGCUUCCUAA